AUGGCUAAAGCGGCGGCAGUGCUUCUUCUGCGCGGGGCUGUGGCAGAUGACCUAAUCUGUGUGGCGUCAUUUUGGAGUCCCACUUUCUCUGAGCUGGACUAUUCAUGGCCUCCAGACCCUCCAGGGCUUCCACUACUUGACUUGUUUCUCCAUGGACGCUCUGUUCAAGUCAGAAAUCAGGUUAAGGUGGAGGGUCUCUCCAAGGCAGCCUUAAUCAAAAGCCUGUCUCCUAGAGUCCUGUUGUACAACCAUUUGUUGCCUAAAGGAACCAAGAUGAAGGUCAACCUGGAAGAUCAGAGUCGUCAGAAAGUGUCCUUCAGUUUCUCGCAGACCAAGAAGCCCCUGCAGAGUCUUUUCUUCAUUUCGUCCAGCCCUGAAAAGUCUGGAGCGGAUCCUGCUACCCCAUCACACUCAGGCUCAGGGAAGGGGCAUCAUGCUGAGUCUAAAACUGAGCACAGGUCUGCUUCAACUGUGCAAAAAACAAGAACAAAUGCCUCAAGUCCGUCUGCAGUUUCCCCAACUAAACUUAAAACAGACUUGUCAAAGACUCAUUUUAAGAAGCAUAUCCUUAAUGUCUCUGUGACUGAUGAACAACCAUUGUCCGUAGAAGGUGACUUGCAAAGUAAUGUAAGAUCUCCUCAGGCUGCAGAGGCUAACAGUGUCGCAUCAGAGUCAAGAAUUACCGCUAUCCUCCAGACACUUGCUGCUGCCUCGGGAAAAGAUGGCAUCAGUUAUAGCCGCUCAGAGUCUAACAGUAAGGGACAUAAAAGCACAUCCAGGACUCAUUCAGACUGUGCCCCUCUCGGUUUUGAGUCGGAUGGAGAUUCAGGCCAGUCUUCCACUCGUAAAUCAUCUGACUCCAAAAGCCAAUCAAGUUCAAGCAGUAGGCGAAAAGAUGAAAAGAAACAUUCUUCUAGUUCACACUCUGAGGAGAAAGAAAAAAGUUCCUCUAAGCGUGCAGACACAUAUGAACGGUCUUCUAGUCACUCUAAAUCUGACCGUGACUCAAGAUACACUUCAUCACGUUCAUCUCGCUCAGAUCGCAGAAGGUCAAGGUCACGGUCACGCUCUCGAUCACGGGGGUCUCGCACAAGUUCAUCUCACUCCAGGCUGGACAGGUCCCGCGGGGACCGAAGCUCGCGCUCCGACCGGUCACAUUAUCAUGAAUCUGACAGGAGGUCCUAUAGGAGCUCCCCACGUAGAGAGAGGAGGCGUUCCCACUCCCGCACUGAGAGAAAUCGGGAUAGCUCAGAGUCUGAAGACGACCGCAGGAAAGCUAGAACACGUACAGGUGAAUCCAGUCGAUCAUCAGCCUAUUCUAGUUCGCACAAAGAGUCUAGAUCUUCCUCUCAUGUAAUGUCCACCUCUAAAUCAGUGGACUCUUCUGAGUUUGACAAAUCCCAUCAGUCAUCAAAAUCGGAAAGGUCAUCAAGACGCCUGUCAGACACAGAUUCCCAGCACAGGGGCUCUUCUGUUACUGACCAUCAUAAAUCCAGCUCAGGUCACAAGUCAGAGACGAAUAGUAAAUUGAGUUCGCCCAGAGCAUACGCACACUCUCAUUCAUCAGAGAAACAUCAGAAACAUGACUCUGAAAGAGAGAAAUCACACACAUCUGAUAAGCGCUCGCGUUCAGAUGAAUACUCAAAAAAUUCACAUAAAACAAGUAAAUCUGACUCCAAACAUUCAGGCUCUUCUGUAUCUUCUCAUCAUGAAGACUCAUAUAGGACACAGGACCGAAAAACAAAUGACACGUUUUACAGCCCACAGAAAGCAUCAUCUGUCUCCACUGUAGAAUCAUGUCCAGAAAGUGAAGAAAGACAUGAGCAAACGAGCCACAAAAUCAAAAAGACAAGUUCAAGGGAAACAAAUGACUCCAAAUGGACAGAGCAUGAAAAGAGGGCAGAAAUAAGACAUACUUCUUUAGAUGUAAAUGAAAAGUUGAAUAAAGUUGAUAUUGUUGUUGAAACAAAUAAGAAAGCCUGCAGUGAUCAGACAGCAAUGUCAAACCGAAUACCAACAUCAUGUGAAAGUAUUGAUGUAAUGUGCAAUAGAGAUUCAGUUGACCAUUCACCAGAAUUGUUACUCAAACCAUCCAGUGUCCCACAUGAGAUCCAAAACUCAGUAAACGAGGAAACUCAAAAAACAGAAAUGGUAGCUAGAACUUCAGUGACAAGUAACCACCCUGAUUAUGUAUCUCAGACCCCCAACUUAUUGUUUUUAGACUCUGAACAUCACACAUGUAAAGAAAUGGGUGAUGCUGUUAAAAAGAGCAGCAUAGUGAACAGAAAGUCUCGGUGGGAUAUUGUUGGGCAGAAUGCAGAAGAUCAUUCCAAUACCAUUCACAGUUCAGAGACGAAACCUGACAAACCUGACAUGAAAAUGGAUGUCUCAGAAGAUGGUGGCAAACCAGACACUGAAACAAAGGAGAACAAGCGUGUAGAGGCAGGAGUGCAUUUUAUAACAAAGGACCAGGUGCUUGACUCGGACAGAGCCCGCAUCUCUAAUAUCUGUAAGCAUCAAAGUGCAUUGGCAGAGGCCGGUCUCGACACAAACCCAAGUGAACAAGUGACAAAGACGCUUUUUUCAAAUGAUGAAAACACAAUGGUGAAUGCCAGCAAGAGCAGGCAUCCACAGUUGAAUUUACUGAUGGGCCACAGUGGGGCCAGUGACAGUGACAACUCUGAGUAUGACUCUGAUUGUGGCGAGGCGAUUAAGCGCCUUCACUCUGUGGUAGUGGUGAUGCCAAAACAUUCCCUCCCACAGGGUGGUGAAGACACCACAGGGCAAAAUAGUGCUAGUGAUAGUUUUGCAGCUGAAAAAUUAAUCAAUUCCCAACUAAUUCAGGGGCAGGAUCCAGCCCAUAGUGCCAUGUGCCAGUCCCAAAGUAAUAUGAUUGAUAGCACCAGUCACUCUGAGAGCUCCCAGCAGACUUUGACUGCACACAUGCCAGCAAUAGAAAAUAGCAGUCUUGUCAAUUCAUUGGGUCAGCAGGGAUACCAACAAUAUGUUAGUAGUGGAAAUGAAAUUCCCUUAUUACAAUAUAAACAAGAUAAUCUCUCCAGUGCAAAUAGAUUCAGUGAUAAGAAUGGAUACAAUCUUCUUUGGAGCUACGCUCAAGCUGAGCAACCCAGUAGUACUUGCCCACAGCCUGACAGCAGUCAUGGGAUACAGGUGAUGGAUGGUAGAUUGACAGGAACACUCUCCUAUUCACAAUUACAAAGCAGUGAGACUGUUACUGAUCCUCCCACUGCUGCACAAAUUCGUCAGGACUCAAAUGAAAUUCACCCAGACUCUCUCACCAAUGACCAUGGUGUCUACAGUGGUGGAAAGUCAGCAGCUGAAUCCAGUGGGUCUAUUCUUUGUCAGGGAUUUGUACAAGGUCAUGAAAUAAGUAGUAACAGCAAAGGUCCAGCAACAACAGAGUCUGCCAAAGAGGAUAGUUUUAAGUCGCUUAGAUCCAGGGGGCCACCAAAGAAAAGGCGUCCCGAAUUGGAAUCCGACUCGGAUAAUGAGGCUGAAGCAGGACCUACGAGUAAAAAGGAGCGGCGCGGAGACACUGUGAAGGAUAUACCAGUCAAAACCGAGGUGCAGCUUCCAUUGCUCAAGUUACGGGACUUUCAAGAUGCUGCAAAGUGGAAAGACCUGGCGAAGUCUAAGAAGAUGCCACCAUAUUUUGACUUGAUAGAAGAAAACCUAUAUCUUACUGAGAGAAAGAAAAGCAAAUCCCAUAGAGAUAUCAAAAGGAUGCAAUGUGAGUGUCCAAUGUUGUCCAGAGAGGAGCGCUCAAAGGGAGUGAUGGCAUGUGGAGAGGACUGCUUAAAUCGUCUUCUCAUGAUUGAAUGUUCAUCUCGGUGCCUAAAUGGAGUCUACUGCUCUAAUCGUCGUUUUCAGAUGAAGCAACAUGCAGAUUUUGAGGUCAUUCUUACUGAGGACAAAGGUUGGGGUCUACGAGCUGCUAGAGACCUGCCAGCAAAUACAUUUGUCUUGGAGUACUGUGGGGAGGUGUUGGACCAUAAAGAGUUUAAGGCCAGAGUGAAGGAAUAUGCCCGCAUGAAGAACAUUCACUACUACUUUAUGUCUUUGAAGAAUAAUGAGAUUAUUGAUGCAACUCUGAAGGGUAACUGUUCCCGCUUCAUGAAUCACAGCUGUGAACCAAACUGUGAAACACAGAAGUGGACAGUGAAUGGACAACUUCGUGUUGGUUUCUUCACCACUAAGGCAGUUACAGAAGGCACAGAGCUGACCUUUGAUUAUCAGUUCCAGAGAUAUGGCAAAGAAGCCCAGAAAUGCUACUGUGGAGCCCCCAGCUGCAGAGGCUUCCUUGGAGGGGAAAACCGUGUGAGUGUUCGCGCAGCUGGAGGGAGGAUGAAGAAAGAUCGCAACCGUAAAAGUGCUCUCACUACGGUUGAUGAAGAGCUGGAGGCGUUACUGGACAAUGGAGAAGGCCUGUAUGAUGAAAAGCAGGUGGUGGCUCUGUGCAGGCUGAUGGUCCGAGUGGAAACUAUGGAGCAGAAACUCCUUUGUCUCAAAUUGAUUCAGGACACUCAAAACCCAUCGUGCCUCAAACAGUUUCUGGAUCACCACGGCCUGUCUCUGCUCUGGAUCUUUAUGGUUGAACUGUCUGAAGCAAAAGGCAACAGUGCCAACAACAUCAAGCUGCAGUUAGAGAUUUUGAAAACUUUGGCUGUGCUGCCAAUUUCAACUAAGAACAUGUUAGAGGAGAGUAAAGUGUUGACUCUGAUUCAGCGCUGGGCACAGACCUGCCCUCAGCCCGCAGAGAACGACGGCUACUCCAGUGAAAACACAUCCCGAGCUCAAACUCCACUCAACACUCCAGACGGCUCCAACCCAAGAGCAGGAGCUGAAAUGGACCACGACUCUGCCAAACCUUCUGUGUUUCGCCGCCUUAAAAUCAUCAGUGAAAAUAGUUUGGACAGUGCCAUGUCUGAUGCCAGCAAAGCAUCGGAUGGGAAAGAAGAUGAUGAGGAUGAUGACGAAGAAGAUGAUGAGUCUUCACGUGCAGGGCUGUCUGUACAAGAGAGCAAACCUGAACCAGAGGCAGAGACUGAAGAACCAACAAAAGAACACGAGAACAACGUCAAAGAGGAGAAGGAGGAGUUGUCAAAUGAGAACUUAGAUAUUCAAGAUGAGUCCAAACCCAGUAAUGACCAAGAGCACACUGAGAUGGUGUUGGAGAUGGAGGAGGAGGUCAAAGAGGACACGAGUGAGGUUCUUAAGGAGGAAAGUGGUGACAUAAAAGGCCCACAUGAAAAGGAAACAGAACAGGGUGAACGUGAACCAAUAGCUCAAGUCUCUACAGAGGCGCCUGAGCAGGUGGCAGGGCAAGACUUUGUCCAACAUGAGGAGCCCCAGAGUCAGGUGUCCGAGGGAGAUGAGCCUACCCCAACUGCACUUGCCCCAACUGAGCCUGCCCCAGUUACACCUGCCUCAACUGAGACUGCCCAGACUGAACCUGCCCAAAGUGAACCUGCCCAAACUGAGCCUGUCCUAUCUGAACCUGUCCUGACUACACCUGUUCCAGCUGAUUGUGCCCCAACUGAUUUUGCUCCUUUUCAACCUGCUCAAACUGAAUCUGUCCCCACUGUACCUGUCCCCACUCCAUCUAUCCCAACUGAACCUGCUCCAACUGAACCUGCCCCACCUUCAUUUGUCCCAAGUGAACCUGUCCAAACCAAUUCUACCCCAACUGGGCCUGACCCAACUGUAUCUGAUCCUGCAACCUCCGAGCCUGCUCCAGAGCCAAUGGAGGUGCAGGUGGAGGCACAGGCAGAGGUACUAGACUCUGAGAAGGCAAACACUGAUCAAAACACUUAUCAGCCAAAUGAUUGUGCUGCUGCUGAUAUGGUGGUGAGCUCUGAAGUCCCUGAAGUGAGCGUCCCAUCAGCGGCCGCCUCAGUGGAGCCCUCUGUUGUUGGGACGCCCUCACAGGACGAUGACGAGGGUCUCUCUGAUGUAGAGAGUGAGAGGAGCCAGGAGCCUCAGCUCAGCUCCAUGGACAUCAGCGGCAUGGCAGCCCGGCUUCUGGAGAGCUGGAAAGAUCUAAAGGAGGUGUACAGAAUACCUAAGAAGAGCCAAGUGGAAAAAGAAGAUCGCAGUAGGGAUCGGGACACAGCUCGUCCAGCUUCAGGGAGCCGAGAGAGGGACAGAGAGAGGGAGCGAGAUAAGGAGCGUGAAAGAGAGAGAGAGUAUGAGCGUGACCGUGAAAGAGAGAGAGACAGAACACCGCGCAGCAGCGAAAGACGCAGGCGGCGCUCACUCUCUCCUCCCUCAUCUUAUGAACGCACCAGCCGCCGCACUGAAGAGAGGUUUGACAAUGUCAACAGCAAGACUCCAAGGAGUGUUGGAGGAAAGGAGAGAAACAAGCUGUCGACAGAGGAGCGCAGGAAACUCUUUGAGCAGGAAGUGGCUCAGCGCGAGGCUCAAAAGCAGCAGCAGCUUCAGCAGCAACAGCAGCAGCAGCUGCAGAGUCUGGGCUAUGACCCGGCCCUGGCUUAUGCCUCUACCGCCGGCUUUAUCACAUAUCCCUCUGGAUAUCCUGUCCAGGCCUUUGUAGAUCCAACCAAUCCCAAUGCAGGCAAAGUGCUGCUCCCCACCCCUCCAGUGGAUGGAGCCCUGACCUAUGAACAGACACCUCCUCUGGGACUGUCCUCUCCAUCCUCCACUCCUCAGGCUACUCCAGUGUCUAGUAUCCCACAGAUCAGCACAGAGCCCCUCCCCCCUGGGACCUCUCAGCCAUACGCCCAGCCCACUGUAGCUCCUCCAGACACUGGGGUGGCUGUUCUUUCUGUGCCUGCCCCUGCGGCACCUCCUGUGCAGGGCCAGAGCUACACUACUCUGUGGGACCCCAGCACACAGCAAACAGUCACAGUGCAAACUGCAGCUCAACAGUACACUACUGCACCAGCUCAGCCUCAGCCACAGACUGCUAUAUACUACCAGGGCCAGCCCUGUCCUACCAUCUACAGCAUCCCCACUGCCUACCCACAAGGCAGUGCUCCUGUCAUACAGGCUUAUACUGAUCCUACGGGCAACUACCUGCACAGUCAGCCUGUCUAUCCUGGCCAGCAAGGGGUGGUAGUGCAGCAAGGAGGCACUGUCACUACUAUUGUCACCUCCCAAACUCAGGAGUUAAUUGUACCAAACAACAUCGUAGACCUGCCUCCACCCUCUCCCCCCAAACCCAAAACUAUUGUUCUACCUCCAAACUGGAAAGUGGCUAGAGACCCAGAGGGAAAAAUCUACUACUACCACAUUGUCACAAGGCAAACACAGUGGGAUCCUCCGACCUGGGAUGGGACAACUGAUGCCACUACCAUGGAGCACGAGUCUGAAAUGGACUUGGGAACUCCCACCUAUGAUGAAAAUCCAUCCAAGUUUUCAACAAAGACCGCUGAAGCUGACACAUCCAGUGAAUUGGCCAAAAAGAGUAAAGAGUCAUUCCGUAAAGAGAUGUCCCAGUUCAUUGUACAUUGUUUAAAUCCUUAUCGGAAGCCUGACUGCAAACUGGGACGCAUCGUCAACACAGAGGACUUCAAACACCUGGCGAGAAAAUUAACUCAUGGGGUAAUGAACAAGGAACUAAAAGCGUGCAAGAAUCCUGAGGACCUCGAGUGUAACGAGAAUGUGAAGCACAAGACCAAGGAGUACAUAAAGAAGUACAUGCAGAGGUUUGGCUCAGUCUAUCGGCCCAAGGAGGACACCGAGGUGUACUAGACACUAGAGACAAGCCUCAAACUCCAAACUGUGAGCCAGAAAUGCUAAAUAUUUUAUCGUCACUAAAUAUUGCACUGCUGCUGUUAAGCUCUGUGGGUUUUCAAAGACUGAGUGAGACCCUUGGGUGGAGGAGCAGCAUCCGCAAUGGGUGACACUGACAGGUGCUACAUAGACUUUCAAAGACUGUUUUAGCAUUUAUUUUUUUCAUGUAUGGCUCUUAAAAAGGAGGAUCUCCUCCAUUCCAUUUUAACCCUGUCCAGCCCAAAAUAAGAUUGGUUAACCCAGGGGUGUCGGAAUGGUGGUGGUAAAGGGCACUUCUUUGCCUGGGCCCUAGUGCUGGGAGGUGCCAACAAAAAACAUGUAAUGUGCAUUUAAUUAUUGCGUGCCCACCAAUGUUUUGUACUAAGAGCCCAGACUUUGUGCUACAGCCCUGGGUUAAACUUUUUCCAUUGGAGCACUCUUGGAUCUCCUGGCUCUUUAUCUGGUGCUGCUUUUAACUGGGCCGUGGAGGUCCAGACUUCCACAGGUGAACCCCUGCCUUCUUAUCCACUCCUCUGUGGUGGAGUUGUCCUUAUUUUAUGAAUGCAUUAUAUACUGGAUAAAACAACUAUUUUACAUAAGUUAAAAUUAAUUAAAUUGAGAUUUUUUAUUUGAGUAGGCUAAAUUUUGAUAAGUCACCUGCCAAUAGCAUAAGUAAUUUUUCCUUUUUCUUAAGUGCAUCACAAUAUUUGUUCUCCUCUUAAAGGUGCACUGCGCAACUUUUCUAAUGGGGGUUCACCGCCUGCUUAUCUCCAUGGAGAUACUAUUGAAGUGCUUGAAAUGUUGCACUGUAUGGCAGUAAACUUCUGUCCUGCGUUUAUUCAAUUACAGGUGCAUUUAUUGCUAAAAAAAAAAAAAAAAUGCAAUGAAAAUAUGCAUUCUAACUGUGAUCUGCCUGUCAUACAAUUAUAUAAAUUUAACGCAACAUUCCAGGCAACACAAUGACAUGGAGACAAGCACACUAAGGUUACACACGGCAUCUUUAGGCUGAAUAUGACUUGUUUCAUUGGUGUUUUCAUUUUCUCUAGCUGGUCAAAAUGUACUUCAUUCAAGAUGGAUUCAUUCAGGCCAUGAUAACAUAUUGGUCACUUGUGCAGGUGGAGUUUUCCAGGCGUCUUCAAAUCUCUCCUUGCUGUCAGAUUUUACGUGUGUAGGGAUCAGUUGUCCACCAGAGUGUCUUUUAUCUGUUUGUAAAAUAACAGUUACUUAACGUGCCGUCAUAUAAUUUGACACUUUCUUUCUUCCAAAAUCUACGUAGAUUCCUCUUGUAAGAUGGACAGGUUUAGGGUGUGAUCUAAGCAAUGCAGUUUUAACAGUUUGUGAACACCCUCUGUAUUCUCUACACUUUCAGUUUUUACAAGAGCUAGGCUGAGGUUAAAGGCUGGCUAUCGACAUAAAUUAUACUUAGAUCAAUUCAAACUAACUUUAUUGUUCUCAGUUCAACACCAUUAAGUCAGUGCAGUUGAAAAAAUGCAUUAAUGUUUUUCCAAUGUGUACAUUUGUUAUGUGAAUAUAUUGAAAAAUAAGUUUUGGAAAUGCUAAAAAGUAGCAGUCACUUUGUAAGGACUAUCAUUUCAUGGUUAAUAAUGUAAAUAGUGAUAAUGUAAAGUUACCAAAGCUGUACACGAGAGGGCGCUCUUCUCACCAGCUCAGCUCCUGAUGCAGUCCACUCACUGAACCCCACAGCCUCACAGCUCUUUGUUUUAUUUCAGCUAUAAUGGGGGAAAUUUUUUAUGUUGUUUUGUUAAUUUCUUUUGUACAAAAUAUGUUUCACCCUGUUCUACUGUAAUUAUUGCGUAAGCACAUUGUCAUAAUGCGUGUACAAACAUUUUAAAGAUAAUAAACCUUUUUGUAAACAUA